UCAUAAUUUCAUUUGUCAAACAAACAAAUGUCAAGUUUUACUUUCAUCUAAUUUAUUGAAAUUGUUUAAACAAAAUUACAAAAGUACAUAUAAUUGCGAAAUACGAGGCUAUUUUCUUUUAAAAUGUCUAAACUAAUAUUAUGUUUUAUAACAAUCUGUGUGGUGACAGCGGCUACUGCGUACGAGAAAUCAGAUAUAGUUUCUGCUAAAAUAGAGACUUGCAGAGGUUGUUCACUCAACCGCCUCCCUGAAGUAAAAAGUUUCGUGAUGGACGACGCCCCCUUUUACGACAAGUUAGAUGUCAAGUUUAUCAGCGGCGCUAAGCCGGAGCUCAUAUUCUUAGGAAACAGUGACCAAGAACUGGAGCGCAUCGGGCUUUCUGACCUGAGUCGUCAGGAAUGUAAUGAACUGUUGCUAGAAGCAGGUUUCAACAAAAAAACUAAGAAGGAAGAAUUUUGAUAAAGUAAUGCAUUUAUUUCAAUACAUGGAUUGUGGCAACUAAUGCUUGUUGUUUGAUUAAAACGAAGGCACAAAAGUACUUGUUGGUACAAUAGUACUCAGAGUAAGUGCUUAAAGGACUCAAUAUUAACUUGUAUUGGAAUUUGGAAAAUGGAUUUUUCAUUUUCUAUUAUUUGUAACGUUAUAAAUACUACUGCUCAGCGUUUUCACUACUUAUGUUCUAAAAUAUUCUUUGUUAUUUUUUUUCAAUGUCAUUAUUUAAUUGUCUGCUCAUGAUCAAAAUUAUGUUGACUCCACUCCAAAAUGAGUCAUUUAAGACCAAAAACAUGAUGCCUUACUCCACUAAGAAAAUAACCUUAAAUAGUGAAGAUAAAUGUUAAAACUAAGGACACUAUUUAGUUAAGCUUCCCUACUUUCUAUAAUAUAGACACUUGUCUUGUGUAAAGUAAUUCCUAGUACAAGAUAUGAUAUCAAGUGAUUCAGUCAAUUGCAGCACUAUUUAGUAUUAAUUUUAGUGUAGUCCUUGUAUGAAUACAUAAGUAUUUGGAUAUUGUUGACAAAUGCAAUAAACAACACCAAAAAUAAACCUGAUGUGAAAUGUUUAUCAACAAACAAAUUAUUUAUAAGAAACUAGUGGACACCUGUGACUUUGUCCGUGUGGAAUUCAGUUUUUCACAAAUCCUGUGGGAACCAUAAAUUUUCUGGGAUGAAAAGUAGCCUAUGUGUUAAUCCAGAGUAAAAUUUAUUUCCACUCCAAAUUUCAGUCAAAUCGCUUUAGUAGCCGCAGCAUAUAAGAGGAACAACAUACAGACUUACACAAAAAUUUUGCCUCUAUAAUAUUAGUGUGAUACACUCCAUCUAAUUGUUUAUCCAUGGGCAAGGUACCCAAUUAGCUGGUGCCCUUCUGGAUGGCAAGACUUAUCCUUUGGCUCAAAUAAGAGCCAAUUACUACCAGAGCAAUUAAUAAGAAAUUAGAAGAAUAAUGACGUGCUUUUUCUAUAUUCAUCUAUAAUAUAAAAAUUAAUCACUAAAUGUGUUGCUAAGCUCAAAUCUUGCAUGGCUGAACCAAUUUGGCUAAUUCUUUUUUAGAAUAUUUCUUGGAGUAUGACAAUGGUUUUAAUAGAUUUUUUUUAAGGGUAGAGAUGGGGAAUAAGCACACAAGUCUAAGCAAAGCUUGACCGGGUCUACUAGUUUUUAAUGUUUUUUGAUAAAUAUUUCACAUUGAUUUUGACUUUAGUGUAGUUAGUACUUACUAAGUGUUUAUAUCCUAUUUUUGUGGACUGUACACUUUUAGACUUUUAAUUAUUAUAUUUAACAAUAUUCUAUAUUAUGCUUUGUUAUUUGUGUAUAAAGAAAAAAUUAAAAUGACAUUCCAAUUA